CCCCACUCACAACCUCCCCUUUAUUUCGCCGUUCUCUUUGCUCUGGCAAGCCAUCAUGGCCGUCGCUAGACCCAUUCGCAUGCUGGGUGCAGCAUGCAUCGUUCUCGUUCUGUUUAUGAUCUUCCAACUCAACAAGGAACCGGAGUUGUCCAAGGGGGACAAUGUCGGAGGCUUGAAGUCCGAUCCACUGUUAGCCCGGACCGGAGAACCUGAAGGUGAACUGUGGCGAGCCGAAGACCACGACUAUGCCCCCGACAGCCCCAACUCCGCGCGCACCAACGCAGCGCUGAUCAUGCUCGUCCGAAACGAGGAGAUUGAUGAGCUGAUCCCGACGAUGGAAGAUCUCGAGCGGACGUGGAAUUCCAAGUUCAACUACCCCUGGAUCUUUUUCAACGACAAGCCGUUUACGGAGGACUUCAAGAAGCGCACGCAGGCUGUCACCAAGGCCAAGUGCCAAUACGAGGAGGUUCCCAAGGAGCACUGGGACGUCCCCAGUUGGAUCAACAUGGAUCUCUUUCACGAAUCAGCCGAGAUGCUGAAGGAGAAGAACAUCCAGUACAGCGGCAAGGUUUCGUAUCACCAGAUGUGCCGGUGGAACAGCGGCAUGUUCUACAAGCACCCCGCUCUCGAGAAAUACCGUUACUACUGGCGCGUUGAGCCCAACGUCAAGUUCUUCUGCGACGUCGAUUACGAUGUGUUCCGCUUCGUGGAGGAUCGCAACAUCACCUACGGAUUCACCAUCAACCUGUUCGACGCUCCCCAGAGUAUGCCGUCGCUGUGGCCCGAAACCAAGAAAUUCAUCGCCGCGAACCCCUCCUACGUCUCCGAUAACAACAUGAUGGCGUGGUUGACGGACGACCAGCUCCGUCCCGACCACACCAAAGAUGCCAAUGGGUAUUCCACCUGCCACUUCUGGUCCAACUUCGAAAUCGGAGACAUGGACUUCUUCCGCGGCGAUCAGUACACCGCCUACUUCGAUCAUCUCGACCGUUCCGGUGGCUUCUUCUACGAGCGGUGGGGCGACGCUCCCGUGCAUUCGAUCGGUAUAGGGCUGUUUGCCGAUGCGGCCAAGGUCCACUGGUUCCGGGACAUUGGUUAUAACCACAUUCCCUACUACAACUGCCCCAACUCGCCCAAGUGCUCUGGCUGCACCGCGGGCCAGUUCUACGCCGGCGAGCCCUUCCUGGCCAAGGAGGACUGCCGUCCUAGCUACUUCAAGCAUGUCGGGACGCACUAGACCUGUUGAUCAAGAAGUCGCCAAAUUUCACUUCCUUGCAAAAGCAUCGUUAUCCUCGUCCCUAUCAUUGCAUACCGAAAGCCUAGUGAUAAAUCACCCUCAAAAAGCGACAGGAAAUGCCUUGCCUUCUUCUUUUCCUUUCCAUUUUUUCCAUUCUGGUUUACGGCAAAAUUCUACCUAUCUGUUCAUACAAUAUCCAACCUUGUUCGGCGGCGUUAUGGGAUGUGGCUUUCUUCUUUUCCCUUCACCCCAUCCAUUCUAUUCUCUUUCUUUGUUUUAUUAUCUUCAGCUAGGUAUGUGUCGGCCGUUUGAUGCUCCUUGAAGGAAUCCCAGCCGGCCGUUUCUUACUGUAUCUAUAUUUUAUAUUUUUUGGGUUCUGUUCUUUUGUCUUUGAUAUGUCUAAUUUACUCUUCGGUUUUGUUAUUG